GACACAGCUGCAUUUCGACCCAAGUUCUCGGCGGACCGUAGCAUUAAUAUCCCUUCAGGGUUGUCAACCCUAUCCCUACCUCGCCGUCUCAGUGUCUCCUAUAUUCUCGCGAGUGCCCUCGUCAAAAUACAAAUUAUGCAUUCCUCCAUCUAGUCUGCAGUUGAUGUCCCCUAUAUUAGUCUCGUAGCUGUACUCUCGACGAGACAACAAUAUCGAAUCUCCAUCUCGGCAUCCACUUACGAUAUGGCCACAACCAUUGACCCCCUCACCCCGGCGGCUCCGGCACCGGCCGGCGUGACUGCCGACUUCUACAGCACCUCGCAGCUACAGCUGGAGCUCCUCGUUGUCUUUGGUGUGACGUUUGGAAUUGCCACAAUCUUACUUAUGCUCCGUCUCUACACCGGUCUCGUCUUGACGAAACAACUAGGCUGGGAUGCAUUUUUCGUCGUACUGUCAUGGUUGGCAUCUCUAACAUUCUUCAUCGUUAUGGUGAUAGCUUUUCAGGCCGGCUUUGGCAGACACCUGUACAAUGUCAAUGUGGGCCAACUGGCAAGAUACAUCGAACUUCUCAAGACUAUGGCUAUCACGUACAUUUGGCCGCCAACGUUAGCCAAGGUGUCACUUCUCUUCCUCUACUACCGCAUCGACAAACAUAUGGGCUUCCGAUACUGCAUUCCGCUAGCAGGAUUCGCAGUCCUCGCGCCGACAUUGAUCUACACUAUUCUGUUUGCAGGGCCAUGCGAUCCCGCCAAGGGUGACCUGCAAUGCCUCAACAAGUUGGCCGUGUCACAGGCCGUCACCAAUAUUGGCACCGACGCCAUGCUUAUUGCUAUGCCCAUCCACAUGAUUGCGAAUCUCAACAUGGCCAUGAGGCAAAAGAUCACCCUAGGCUGCUUGUUGGCCUUUGGUUCAUUCGUUGUGGUUUUCUCCAUUAUACGCGCUGCCUUUGUCCACUCCUUCGUCUCCGACGCAGACAUCACGCACACCCAAGCCUACGUGGCGAUAUGGGGGUGUCUUGAGCUCAACUUCGGCAUAAUUUGCAACUGCCUUGCCGUGCUUAAACCUUUCCUCACCCGCCACAUGCCCUGGCUGGCGCGCAGAAUCACCGGAACCUCUGGCACCCGUGGUCAACCCAGGAGCAAAAGCGAGCAGACCACGACAGCUUUCAGCAUGGCUAAGCAGAGCUCGCGUAGCCAUUGGCGGGGUGAUCCGGGGAACCACAGCUAUCAGCUGCAUAGUGUGGGCAAGUCACUUACUCCAGACCCUGAGCAGCAGUUGUCUUCGACGAACAAGCCCACCUCGCGCGUAAUUGUGACGGAUGAGUACUUUGUCGACUAUUCGCCCAAAAAGCCCAACGGAGGAGACGAUUCGAGCACCGAAGGUAUUUUGGAAGACUCUACCAGACGAUAGGUCACAAAUGGCGACUUGUGUAAAAAAGCUGUGAACAACAUGUAUCCUUCUAAUGUAGUAAUAUAAUAUAUGUAUAGUAGCAACC